AAGAAGCCAACGUAAGAUAAAUAAGUUGCAGAUUUUUCAUUUCCAAUUUCCAUGUCCUCUCCUGGUUGACUCGGGAAGAGACAUCACUGAACUCGCUCACUCCAUUGGAUCAUCUUCUUCCUCAAUUUCCCUUCAAUUCCGAUCAAUCCGCUCAUAUUUCCGAUGGGUUUUCGCCGGACCCCCUAACAGAAACCCCCUUUUCCCCAUUUCCGAUCCAUCGAUCAAUCAAUCCAAAACCCUAAGAUGCCCACCGCCGCCGCGCUCUUCCUUCUGUUCAUCAUCGCCGCCGCCUUCCCCCCGACCGCCACCGCCGCUCCGAUCCUUGGCCUCGAUUCGUUUCUGGCUCAGCAAUCUCGCUUCGACCCACCUGCCUCCAACGACACAUUUCUCUCCCUCUCAUCCUCCCUCAAGAAAUCCCUCUCUCUCUCUUCGUCUCCGCCCCCUCUCAUCCCUUCUUUCAUCUCCUCUCUUCUCUCUCUUUCCCUCUCUUUCUCUCUCCAUGUCCGCCUUGUGGGUGAUUUCCCCUCCGAUUCAUCCACCCAUCUCUCCAAUUUCCUCUCUGCAUCUCUCCCUUCCGACCAUUUCCAUGUAAUCGCUCCGUUUGAUUCGUUUCAACACCGUCUCGCCGUUAAACACUCGCUCCAUCUCGAUGUCUCUCAUGCUSCAUCUUUGGCCUCCCAUCUCUCUGAGAUAUUGGCAUCUGAAAUCUCCAAAACCACUUCUAGCCUCCGAUCUUCGCUUCUUGCGAUUCCUUACGCUUCUGUGGAUCAUGUUAUCAAGCAGGAUUUUGAGAAGGAGAAAUCCGGUCAAGGGGUUUACAUAUAUUUGCUCAAUUUGGGCUCCCAAUCGAAGCCCUAUGCUUACAACUAUGGCCAUGGGGAUUCUUCCCCUGGAGUCACCAAGUGUUUGGGAAGUAUUUGGAGUGGCGGAGAAAGGUAUUUGUGGGUUGAUUUGGGUGCAGGUCCUGUUGAUUAUGGGCCGUCGCUGUCCGGAGAUGGGGUUCUUCCCAGAGGCGAGUUUCAUCCGCUGGCAACGUUGCACGGCCGCCCGAAGUCGCAGAAGGCGCUGCUGGCCGAUUUGGCGUCGUUGGUUUGGAGCGCUUACCAGGUUCAUUUAGUUCCUUCUAUGAGAAUUCCUGUUCCUUUUGAGAGUUCAUUGGUAGUUCAGUUUAUACACAUUUAUGGCUCUGAGAGUAGUGAUGCUAGUGAUUUGGAUUGGAAGUCUAUUGAGAGAACCUUGAAUGAUGGUGGGUUGUUGUUGGGUGAGCAGUCUUUGAGUUUCAAGACUUAUAGGGUGAGCUAUGCGAAGUGUCCGAUUUGUGCUUUCGCCAUUUCUCGGUCCACGUAUUCAUAUACUUCAAGGUUUUUGUUCGAUAACUAUACUUUGAUUGUGAAUGAGUAUUUGGAUUCGAAGCGACUGCAUCAGAUACUGUCUGAUUCUGCUGAGGAGUUUAGAAGGGCUGGAUUCCCCGAGGAGGAGGAGAUGGCCAGAGUUAUCCCCGUUUAUGUUUUCGAUUUGAACUUGAACUCGAUCCUCUUGCUUGAUCGGUACCAUCAGUCUGUAGCAUUUACAGAUAUGGUUAUUGCUGUAAGGACAAGGAAUACCCAGACUGUGAGUGAUUAUAGCUGUAAUGGUCGCCAUGUAUUUACACAUACAAGGGAACUUGAGAGGCCGCUUGUUGGUUCAAUUUUACAGAGUAUGUGGGGAGUUUCGCCUACACAUUUAGCUUGGAGCUCGAGGCACAAUGACACCAUAGUCGAUUACUCGUGGAGCAUUGGACAAACUCCUUUUGGCCCAUUCUCAGAGGUUUCAUCCUUAUCUUUUGUACAGAAGGAUGCAGCGAGGAGAAAUGUUAUCUUGACAGCGUUGAAUCACAGUAUCACUAGUGUGAUUGAUGUUCUCGACUCUGUAGCUGCACAUGGGGGUGAUAGAAAUCUGCUUAAACCAAAACAAAGAACCGAGUUCAUUCAGAGGUGGAACCUUUUCAAGUACAAGCUGGACAAAGUGGUGUCUGCAAUGUCACAUUUCGACUUCGAGAUGGCUUUGUAUUACGUAAGAUCUUCAGAUCAUGACCUGUACGCGCUCCACUCCAUCAUCUACAAGGYGUCUCAAGAACUCGAGGCAUCUUUGGUUUGCUUUAAAGACCCACCAUUUCCAUGGGGUUCUAUUUCGAUAUCUAUAGUAGUUUUCUUUGCUUUGGUCUAUGUUUACACCAAGAGRGAUAGACUUUUCAAGAACAAAAGAAAGCAAUUUUGAUCCUAAUUUGUGGUCGCAGAGUAUGUAUUAUCCAACACAUUAAAUAUGUGAUCACCGCAAAGUUAGAUCAAAGCUGUUAGGAUGUUGAAUUCGGAUUCGCGAAUAACUGUUUACUUUGUUCGUUUCGACAA